AUGGAGAAACAACAACCAGUUGGUAGCAUAUCGAUGCACAGUAAGUCCAAUUACUUGGUUGACACCGAGGAGGUGAGUUCAGCCAAGGGUUACAACACCGAGGUUCACAGAGGUCUGAAGAGCAGACACGUUCAGCUUAUUGCCCUCGGGGGUGCUAUUGGAACCGGACUUUUCGUCGGUACAGGUGGCACCUUGACUGCGUGUGGUCCUGCGGGUCUACUUGUCGGAUACCUGAUCUUGUCCUAUUUUGUUUGGGCCAUAAUGAACCAACUUGGUGAGAUGGUUUCAUAUCUUCCGAUUUCUGGAAAAUCCACCAUGUACGCCCUUUGUGAGCGGUACACUGGUAACAAGUCCAUCGCUUUUGCUGCCGGACUCAAUCUCUACUAUGCUCAGGCACUGAUUGCCCCGGCAGAAAUGUCUGCUUCCGCUUUUGUCAUCGAAUACUGGACCGACGCCAACGUUGCUAUAUUUAUCUCGAUUUUCUGGGUUUCCACCGUCGCAUUAAACUGCUGUGCCGUCAAGUACUUCGGUGAGGUCGAGUUCUGGAUCUCUAGUAUUAAGGUUUUUACCAUCACCGGUCUGAUCAUUGUCGGAGUGGUGAUUUUCUUUGGUGGAGCUCCUGCUUCCAACGGUGUUUUAGGUUUCCAUUACUGGAACCACCCUGGUGCCUUUGUUGAGCAUUUGGCCCCAGGAAACACCGGAAAAUUCUUAGCCUGCUGGACAGCUAUUGUGAAAAGUGCUUUCGCCUUUGUUUUGUCGCCAGAACUGGUCACCAGUUGUUCUGCUGAGUCCGAGGCCCCAAGACAUAACUUGCCAAAAGCCUGCAGACGUUUCGUUUUCAGAUUGGCCAUCUUCUACGUUCUUGGUGUUCUCGUUAUUGGAAUCAUGGUGCCUUCCAAUAGCGACCGUUUGAUGAAUGCCGUCAAUGAGGGUGCUUCCGGAGCUGCUGGAUCUCCAUACGUUAUUGGAAUCCAGAACGCCGGAAUCAAGGUGUUGAACCAUAUUGUCAACGCCUGUAUCCUCACGUCCGCCUACUCCUGUGGAAACUCGCUCUUUUACUCCGCCACCAGAACUCUGCACUCCAUGGCUCUCCAAGGCGAGGUGCCGUCUAUCUUUGCUCGUUGCUCCAAGAACGGUGUGCCGUACGUGGCUGUCAUUCUGACCGGUGUCAUUUCCUUGGUGGUCUACUUGAACUGCUCCGACUCCUCGUCGAUCGUGUUCACCUGGCUGUCCAACAUCUCCACCGUGUCUGGAUUCAUCUCUUGGAUCCUUGUGUCGAUCACCUAUAUCCGUUUCAGAAAGGCCAUCACCUACCAUGGUCUUGACGACAGAGUCACCUUCAGACCACCGCUUCAAAUGAUUGGAGCAUGGGCCAGUCUGAUCUUCUUCACGCUCAUUACCCUCACCAACGGAUACGGCGUUUUCUUCGACUUCAACGUCAGCGACUUCUUUGCUGCCUACAUCACCAUCCCUAUCAUCUUCGUGCUUUACGUCGGCCACACUCUGUGGUACAGAAACUUCAAGCUGUUUGGUCCGCCUGAAGAAAUCGACUGUAUCACCGGCCUUGAACAGGUCGAAAAGGAGGCUGCCGAGUACGUCGAGCCUGUUCCGCGCAAUUGGCUUGAGAAGAUCUGGUUCUUCCUCGCUUGA